UAUGUUAUUACCACAAAAACGUCAAGCAAUAGCAGCCAAGAAAAUUUUGUUAGAAGUCUAGUUUUUGCUGUUUUAAUUGAGGCCUUGUGUUAAGGCUUUGAAAAUGGCAAAGUUCUUGUCAUUUUCUGUUCUUUUCUUGCUUCUUUCGACACUGGCAAUGGUUUCUGAAAGUAGAGUUACAAGGAAAGAUUUGGGUUUGGACUUGGGUGGUAUUGGAAUCGGGGUGGGUGCUGGAGUUGGGAUUGGUUUAGGAGGUGGUGGUAGUGGUUCGGGAGCUGGCGCUGGCUCAGGUUCGGGAUCGAGUUCGAGUUCUAGCUCAAGUUCUAGUUCCAGUUCUAGCAGUUCUGGUGGUGGUGGUGGUGGUGGUGAAUCAGCCCUGCAGAAAUGA